AUGGCCAAUAUUCUAAUCGUAGGCGCCACUCGCGGUCUAGGUGCAUCUCUGGCAAACAACUACGCUUCACAGGAAUCAACAACCGUCUAUGGAACUACUCGUGCUAUGGCCGGCCCGUCCAAUUUGAACGAGAAGAUUGUAUGGAUACCUACUAUCGAUGUUGCAGAAGAAGGUGUAGGCAGAAAGCUGGUCAAUCAGCUGGGUGUGCUCGGGGGUGGAGGUGGUAUGGUCGAGAGUGGACGAGUAACAUUUGAUGUUGUUAUCAUCACAGCGGGAUACUUUGCUACAGAAGAUUUUGUCAAUGGUCCAAAAUGGGAUGAACAAGUGAAGAUGUACACAACAUCAGCUAUUUCCCCUCCGUUUAUAGUCCAUUCGUUGUUUCGCGCCAAAAACAUAACCAACGGUUCCAAAAUCCUUCUCAUUUCUUCCGAAUCCGGCUCAAUUACAUUGCGACACGAAAAAGAAGGUGGCGGCAACUAUGGACAUCAUGCCUCAAAAUCAGCACUUAAUAUGGUUGGAAAGUUACUUUCGCUGGAUUUGAAGGAACAUGGAAUAAUUGUGUCGAUUCUACACCCUGGAUUCAUGCGGACAGAAAUGACCAAGGGAGUGGGAUUCGAUAAAUAUUGGGAUGAUGGAGGAGCAGUGACACCCAAUGAAGCUGCAAAGAGCUUGGUGGAAUGGGCAGAGAAGUUAGAUAUCAGUAAGUCGGGUCAAUACUGGGCACCUAGAGGUCCUAGAGAUAUUGGAACAGCGGAUGUAAUGAUCGGAACUGAUCUGCCUACACCAUUGCAACUACCAUGGUGA